UGGCAAGUGAAAUGCAGGUACGGACUUUGGUGUCAAACCAGGAAGAGAGAUCUCUGAAGACGGUGGGAAGGAAGACCCGUUCUUCGAAUUUAUUUUUCUAGGGUUUUUGCAUUUCUUCCCUGACUGAGAUUACCGGUGGAAGCUUCAAUUUCACUGUCUUUGGUGGAAAAUGGGAGAAAUUUACAGCUUAAGGUUGAAAGAUGGUUUUCUUUGAGCUGUGGUAGCGAAUCACAUAAAGACAACUCCUGUGUCUCUUGACCCAAAUAUGGAUUCUGCUGGCAUAGCCCCUCCUUCAGCAGUUGGAAAAUCUGGUGGCAAUAUAAUGUCUGUCGAUAAGCUUCCAGACGAAAUAAAUGAGAUGAAGAUCAGAGAUGAUAAGGAAAUGGAAGCUACGGUAGUGGAUGGAAAUGGAACUGAAACAGGACACAUAAUUGUAACAACAAUUGGUGGUAGGAAUGGUCAACCAAAACAGACAAUAAGUUACAUGGCUGAGCGUGUUGUUGGACAUGGAUCAUUUGGAAUUGUAUUUCAGGCAAAAUGCCUAGAAACGGGAGAGACUGUAGCAAUCAAAAAAGUUUUGCAGGAUAAGAGAUACAAGAACCGUGAGUUGCAAACAAUGCGCCUUCUUGAUCAUCCCAAUAUUGUCGCACUCAAACACUGCUUCUUUUCAACAACGGAAAAAGAUGAGCUGUAUCUGAAUUUGGUGCUUGAAUAUGUACCUGAGACGGUGUAUCGUGUAGCAAAACACUACAGCCGGGCAAAUCAGAGAAUGCCUCUGAUAUAUGUCAAGCUUUAUACUUACCAGAUCUGUAGGGCAUUGGCCUAUAUUCAUGGGGGCAUAGGAGUUUGCCACAGAGACAUUAAACCCCAGAAUCUACUGGUUAAUCCUCAUACUCACCAGGUCAAGCUUUGCGACUUUGGGAGUGCAAAAGUGCUGGUCAAAGGCGAGCCAAACAUAUCAUACAUUUGCUCACGUUACUAUCGUGCACCUGAACUCAUAUUUGGGGCAACAGAAUACACAACUGCAAUUGACAUUUGGUCUGUGGGUUGUGUCCUUGCCGAGCUGCUUCUUGGACAGCCUCUCUUUCCUGGGGAUAGUGGUGUUGACCAACUUGUUGAGAUUAUCAAGGUACUUGGUACACCCACUCGAGAAGAGAUCAAAUGUAUGAAUCCAAACUAUACAGAGUUUAAAUUCCCACAGAUCAAGGCUCAUCCGUGGCACAAAAUAUUCCACAAGCGCAUGCCCCCAGAAGCAGUAGAUCUAGUUUCAAGACUUCUUCAGUAUUCUCCAAAUCUGCGGUGCACUGCUUUGGAGGCUCUUGUACAUCCAUUUUUCGAUGAACUUCGUGAUCCUAAUACUCGUCUCCCUAAUGGGCGCCCCUUGCCUCCACUUUUUAACUUUAAACCCCAAGAGCUGAAAGGAGCGUCUCUAGAGCUUCUGGUGAAACUGAUACCAGAACAUGCUCGCAAGCAGUGCCCCUUCCUCGGUUUCUAGAUCAUAAUUACAUGAUGGAAGGUAUGGAGCUGUUGUGCUAGUGUACCAUAUAUGUUUGCGGUAGAGUUUGAAGAAAUACCAAAAAACCCCUUCUUGUUCUUUGUUUUGGUAUUUCUUCCCCCCAAAACGGUUACUGGUGAAAGCUGCUGGGUUAACCUAGUGUUUCUCUCCUGUCUUCUAUAUUGUUGAACUGGAAAGGGUACUGAAGAUGGGACUUAACUAUCUUGUUUUACCCAAAUACAGCUGUUUGUCAACCAGAAAAAUCGCCCUCUAGUAUGAAGGUAUUUAUUAUGGAUUUUCCUUUCUAAGUAAGAGUUGUGGAUCCUUUGAACCUUUAUUCUGCUCUAUUUUUUGUUAUGUGGUGACAAUUGUUUGAUUUCAUUAGUGAAUAUU